AUGUUUUUUUUUUUUUUUUUUUUUGUGUGUGUGAGUUGCAGCUGUUGUUUCUGUGUAUUUCUCUUGUUUGGCGGCAGCGAUAUUUACAGCGGUGUGAGGGGCACGAUGCCGCCCAAGAAGGAAGCGGAGGGGCCACCUAAGAAGAAGAAGGAGCCUCCAAAGGAAUUGUGUGGCUGCGGCGUAGACACGUAUCGCCCGCCGCCGAAAGGAAAGAAGAAGACUGCACCCAUCGAGCACGCGGCGGGAUGUGCGUACCAGCGCACCACCUGCAACGCCUACCCGCACCUCCCAAAAUGUCUCGUCUGCCUCAACCCCUGCAAGUACUGCGCCGGCACAAUCCGGUGGUGUCCGCACUGCUAUGAAAACCGCUGCACCAACAUCUACAAGCGCGUCGUGCACGGCCACGCGAAGCAAGAGUCACAAAAGAAAAACGUCGUAUCAUUUGUUUUUGCGGAUGGAAGUAGCGCAGCACCGGCAGCUUCAGCCCGCAGUGCGAGAAAGUCCGUGUCACGCUGA